CUCUCUCUCUCCCUUUAUACAUUCGAGAAUCCAUCCAUCGAUCGAGUCGUCUGUAGAAGAAUCGAAGGGAGGAUGUUCUUCUUCUUCGUCGGGGGAGUCGAGCAGCAGGUGGGGCGGGCGCUGAAGGAGGGAGCGGGGCGCUGCCUCCGCUGCGGAUCCACGGCCGACCUCGUCGAGUACGAGAAGGUCCUCAAGCUAUUCUUCGUCCCCGUCUGGCGCUGGCCCGGUAAGGACCCCGCCUUCUACUGCCGCGACUGCUCCUUCCUCUCCCCCCACUCGCUUCCUCUUCACGACGAUGACCGCGCCGCGACCGGCAGAAGCGGAUUGUUCGAGGCCCUCCGUUGCGACUCCUGCAGCCACGUCGUCGAUCCGCAGUUCCGCUUCUGCCCGUUCUGUGGCUCCGCGCUGUGAAAUCAAUCAAAAAGGUUGGAUUUUUGGCCUUCCUGGCGGUGUUGGUUUGUCAGGGUUUAGGGUUCUUUGCUUUUCUUCUACAUUUCCUACUUGUUCUCAUCGGUGUGUAAAUUGAAGUUCCUUACUUGACGAAUAAACAUCGUUGCUGCAAACAGAUGCCAUCUAUGUUGAGGGGAAGAACAAAAUCUUAAUAAGAUAGCAAUUUGAG